UGUAGUAAUGAUAUAUCGGUUGCAGUUAAAUGGAUUUAUUAACAUUAAAAAGUCAUUAAAGUUUAUCACGUGACUUCACCAAGAUUGAUCUGUGGACGAAUGACCUUUACUGCGUUAGUUCAAUUAAAUGUGAAGAUUGCAGUUAUCACAAGGUUAACAUGGGUUUAUCAGUUUAUACCGGUGUUUAUGUUAUGAUAAAGUACUGUCUACUGUAUAAAUGUACAUGUUGAUAUAUUGUAAAAUUCAACAUGUAUUCCGAUUAUCACGAAAUUGCAACUACUCUGGUGUGACGUGGGUUUUAUUGCUCGGAUAUUAAUUGUUAUAUAUUAAUUUUUAUCAAAAUAUGUGAUAUUUCUUAAAUACAAAAUGUGAAGGUGCAAAAGUAUUUUAGAUCGUAACAAUAAGUUUAGAUGUACAUAUAAUAUAGAUCGACACUGCAGGAGAGUCGUUUUUCAUUUGUGAUACAAGAAUUCAAAAUCAACUUGAAAAUAUGGUGGCUACUGCUAAACUAGCUUCAACUUUCAUUUUGUUUGGACUUUCUGUACUAAGUGGAGUUAUUUCCUGCAUUACGGUAAAAUGCUUGGUGCUGAAACUUGGAACUUCAACAAAAUUCACUGGUGCAAUCAGUCUUCUGAAUUGCUUUUCCGGUGGCGUUUUCUUCGCUACUUCCGUUUUAAGUUUACUUCCGGAAGCGCGCGAAAGCAUGGAACAUGCAUUGGAGGGUUUUGAGUAUAGUUCAGAGUAUCCUUUCACCGAACUGGCAAUGUGUAUUGGAUUUUUCAUGAUUCUAAUGCUUGAGCAUAUUGCUCACAAGUGUUGCUCUUCUAAUACGACAACUCGCCCAAUUCGUCCAGAAAAUGACCCCAGAUCAAAAGAACGAAAUUCCAUGUCAGAAUCAGCCCGUGCAGAUAUGACAGUAGGUUACAGGAGAGUGAGCGGGAAAAGAUACAAUGGACUAAAUACAAAAGACCCUAUACAAGUAGCAAGUGAUUUAGAAGAUUCUUCGUACCAUGACGACAUGACGUAUCAAACGUAUGGCGCGGUGGACGAAUCGGUCGACAGCCCGUCAAAUAGACCUUAUUCAGAAGUUAGAAAUGAUUCUGCAAAUUCUAAAAUGAGAGAAGUUGUAUUCCAAGACAGUGAUAGAAUUCUAAUAAGAAAUGCAAAAGUUCCAAAAGAAGUUAAAAUCAAAUCAACAAAUGAAGCUCUUACAGAAGUUAGAGAUUCCGCAGACGAUAAUCGUGAUCCUACAAGGUCAAGGUUACGAGGUCUUGUGCUAUUAAUAGCAUUAUCUUUACACAUGAUUUUUGACGGUCUCGCGCUUGGGCUUCUAAAAGAUGAUUCUAAAGUUUACGAGCUUCUAGCAGCCCUGUGUUUACACAAAGUUCUUGUAUUCUUCACAAUCGGGGUUCAAACUUUAGAGCUACUUGCCUCCGUCAAGAAAACCAUUUGUGUCAUUGUAGUUUUCGCUUUAAUGAGUCCAUGUGGUGUUAUUAUAGGUGAAAGUAUUAAUCUUUCUGGCGAAUCAGAAGCAAAAGAUUUAUCGUCUGCCAUAUUGCAGGGCUUUGCAACCGGUACUUUUCUUUUUGUCACGUUCUUCGAGAUUUUACAACGUGAGUUGGGAUCCGGUGACCAUGACAUUUUUAAAGUAUUCACGACUAUUUUCGGAUUUGCGCUUAUUGCUUGUACACGGUUGCUUGAACACGAAGAAUAAUACAAAUUAACUUGUAGAAAGUUUAAAUGAACCAGUCAGCUUAUUUCGUUUUAGUCAAUAAAUACAUCAAUAUGAUAAUGUCUCAUUAAUAUAUGUAAAAUUUGCAUGUUCAUUAGUGUGCAUAAUGCCUUAUAUAGUUACUUUAAAAUUGUGAAAAAGGAAGCGCGAUAUUAACAUUUUUAUAUAGUACAAUUUACUACUCAGUUUUUUCCUUAAUUUGAUGAAAACAAAACUGUCCAAUUGCGAUAUUUCAACAAAACAUUUUGUUCGUCUAUAGUAACUUGGAAUGUUUUAGGAUAAGAGUUGACUUUCCGGAUUUCCAAACGAAGCUUUGAACGUUUGUUGAAAUAUAUUGUUGUGUAACACUGAUCAAAGAAAUCUCCAAAUGUGAGAAUGGCAUAUCUUCCAGUUGUAAAGCUGGGAUUUUUGGAUUUUUUCUAAUUCUGAUGGGGCCUUCAUUUUCAGUUACAGCGGGUUGAGGGUAACAGAACAUACGUGACUAUUUUUGUAUUUAGUGCACGUGUUUAUAGUGUAACAUGAAGACAUUAUUUUUAUAAAAUAUAUUUUGUUAAAACAGUUACAAUGUAACUACAUGUUUACAUAUUUUUUUUAAUAUAUAUUCAUCAUACAUUUUGCAAUUCUUCUUGUAUAAUGUGUAAAAUACAUGUAAUAAAAUUGAAAAAAAUGCUUUAUGUCGCGGUUAAACCACAAUAUUAUGUCGUAUAAACUAACAUUCAUUAA